ACCGGCGCCGCCGCCAUUUUCAGUGAGGAAGGACAGAGAGGAGGAGGGAAAUGAGGAUUCUAUGGAGCAAUCUCUUGUGUGCAGUUAGGAAAACAAUGAUAUAGGAAGAAGAAGAAAUCCUCUCAAGGUGAUGAUCUUGCCAAAUUCUUGACCUCACCUACAGAUAAGAAAGGAAAAAAGCAAGAGCCAAGUAUCUGUAUUGCAAUUCAACACCCAUAUCACCGUUGACAUGGUUGACAUGGAGGAGAAAUCUUCUAAAGACCUUGAGUAUGGAAACAGCUUAACACUAAGGGAUCAUCUGCAGCAACAUAAAAGUACUCAUACUGGGAAGAAGCAAUAUGAAUGCAUGGUGUGCGGAAAAAACUUCACUCAGAUUGGAAGUCUACACAGACAUCAAAAAAUUCACACUGGAGAGAAACCCUAUCCAUGCCUGGAGUGUGGACAGAGCUUCACUCAGAGUUCAGAUCUACGUUCGCAUCAAAGGACUCACACUGGAGAGAGACCCUUUAAAUGCCUAGAAUGUGGACAGAGCUUCACUCGUAAUGCACAUCUACGGUCACAUGAAAUGACUCACACUGGAGUGAAACCCUAUACCUGCCUGGAGUGUGGACAGAGCUUCACUCAUAGUUCAGGUCUACGUUCGCAUCAAAGAACUCACACUGGGGAGAAACCUUAUACAUGCGUGGAGUGUGGACAGAGCUUUGCUCAGAGUUCAAGUCUUCUUUCACAUCUAAGGACUCACACAGGGGAGAAACCUUAUACAUGUCUGGAGUGUGGACAGAGCUUCACUAAGAGUGGAAAUCUACGUUUGCAUGAAAGGACUCACAUGGGGGGGAAACCCUAUACAUGCUUGCAGUGUGGACAGAGCUUCACUCAGAGUUCAGAUCUGUGUGCACAUCAAAGAUCUCACACUGGGGAGAAACCGUAUACAUGCCUGGAGUGUGGAAAGAGCUUCACUCGCAGUUCUGAUCUACGUUCACAUGAAAGGACUCACACUGGGGAGAAACCCUUUACAUGCCUGGAGUGUGGACAGAGCUUCUCUCGGAGUUCAGAUCUACAUUCACAUGAAAGGAUUCACACUGGGGAGAAACCAUAUACAUGCCUAGAGUGUGGACAGAGCUUCACUAAGAAUGGAAAUCUACGUUCGCAUCAAAGGAUUCACACUGGAGAGAAACCCUAUACAUGUCUGGAAUGUGGACAGAGCUUCAGUCAGAGUUCAGAUCUUCGCUCACAUCAAAGGACUCACACUGGGGAGAAGCCCUAUACAUGCCUGGAGUGUGGAAAAUGCUUCACUCAGAGUUCAGGUCUACGUUCACAUCAAAGGACUCACACUGGGGUGAAAGCCUAUAUGUGCCUGGUGUGUGGACAGAGCUUCACUCAUAGUUCAGGUCUACGUUCACAUGAAAGGGGUCACACUGGGGAGAAACCUUAUACAUGCUUGCAGUGUGGACAGAGCUUCACUAGGAGUUCACAUCUACGUUCACAUGAAAGGAUUCACACUGGGGAGAAACCUUAUACAUGCCUGGAGUGUGGAAAGAGUUUCACUGAGAGUGGACAUCUGCGUUCACAUGAAAGGACUCACACUGGAGAGAAACCCUAUAUGUGCCUGGAGUGUGGAAUGUGCUUCUCUCGUAAUUCAGGUCUACGUUUGCAUGAAAGGAUCCACACUAGGGAGCAACUCUAAAAAUGCAUGGAGUGUGGAAAGAGCUUCUCUGACCAUUCAAAUCUAUAUAGACAUAUAAUUCAUAUUGGAAAGAACAGUAGUAUUUGACCCCAGAGCGACUCCCUAAAACAGAGCUUUCUAAACUGUUCAUGUUGGUGAAACACUUUUUAUUAUUAUUAUUUAUUUCAAACAUUUUUACCUCGCCCUUCUCAACCCCUGGGGGACUCAGGGCGGCUUACAAUUGGCAACAAUUCAAUGCCACUUCAUAAAAUACAAAUAGCAAAAAUAACAAAACCAUGAACAUUAAAAUAAAAAUUAAACAGUAUACUUACAAUACAUUUAGCUAUUGCCAGUCUGAUGGCUAUUUAUCUAGCCAUAUACUAAUGUUUACUCCGCUUCACUUAUCCAAAUCCACUUCCAAGCCAUAGUCAAAUAUUAUCCAUUGUCCUUUAACCUGAUUGCCCAAAGGCCUGGUCCCACAACCACGAUUUUACCUUCUUUCUGAAGGUGAGGAGGGAUGAUGAUGAUAUAAUUUUCCUGGGGAGCAUAUUCCACAGGCGGGGGGUUACCACUGAGAAGGCCCUGUCCCUCGUCCCUACCAAACGUGUUUGAGACAAAGGCGGGGCCGAGAGCAGGACCUCCCCAGAGGAUCUUAAGCUUCAAGGUGGGACGUAGAAGGAGAUACUUCGGACAGGUACACUGGACCGGAGCUGUAUAGGGUUUUAUAGGUCAAAACCAGCACUUUGAAUUGUGCUCAGAAUUGGAUCGGCAGCCAGUGGAACUGACACAACAGGGGGGUGGUAUGCUCCCUGUGUGACGCUCCAGUGAGUAAUCUAGCUGCUACCCGUUGGACUAAUUGCAGUUUCCGAACAGUCUUCAAAGGCAACCCCAUAUAGAGAUCGUUGCAGUAAUCUAUUCGGGAUGUGUCAAGAACGUGGACCACCAUGGCCAGAUUCGACUUCCCAAGGUAUGGGCGCAGCUGGCGCACAAGUUUUAGUUGUGCAAAAGCUCUCCCAGCCACCGCUGAGACUUGGGGUUCCAGGCUCAGCGAUGAGUCCAGGAUCACUCCCAAGCUGCGAACCUCCGUCUUCAAGGGGAGUGUAACCCCAUCCAACACAGGCUGUAACCCUAUGCCCUGUUUGGCCUUACGACUGACCAGUAGGACCUCUGUCUUGUCUGGAUUCAGUUUUUAGACAUGCAUCCUUUCACAAAAUGGCAAUUCAGUUGAACUAUUAACCAGAGAUCAAACCAACCCCUUAUAAGAUUUUGAAUAUAAUAUAAUAGUAGAGAUUUGUUUCAUAUCAUCUUUAUUGCAUAAACAAUUCUUGUGUAGUUUCCUUUAUAGCUGAUCCAGAUUUUAUUUUAUCAACAGAUUUUAUUUUCUUAAUUCUGGUAAUUAAUUCUGCCAAAUAACAAAAGUUGUAACAGAACCUACACUUGAACAUACCUGGACUCUCCUUCCAGAGUGAUGAAACUUCUCUGAAUAUUUUUAAACAAGCUGCAUAGCCUUCCAUGAGUGCAUUGAUUGUGUCUUCCUGGCUGGUUGAAGAGGGAAGGACUAGAUAACCUUUGGGGGAUUUCUUCCAAUCCCAGUGAAAUAUAGACUGCUUAUAGGAGUCUGGAGUCUCCUCUGGAGUAGUUUGAGCUGAGGUUGCAUGGCAGCCUGUUGGGAGGGCUUUGACUGUGACUUUCUGCCUGGCUAAAGAGGGUUGGACUAGAUGCCCUUUGUGGGUCUUUUCCAGUGAGGGUCAGGAUGCUCUUUUUUCAUGUGACGCACCUGUGGACUACAGCCGACACACUAAUGUGUCAUGGCACACAGUUUGGAAAGCUCUGAUCUAAGACAUACAAAGUAAAUGUUCGUUAAUGCAGAAAAAUGAGCAUUGUUGGGAUAUUCUGCUUUUGCAGAAAGGCUUGAAAAUAUUGGACUCAAAUGCAUAUGAUGCUGGAUGAAAAUUAGAAAGUUUAGAUUUACAAUGAGACACGAGGAAUGCUGGACAGUCAUCUAGAUACAACAUUUGGAAGAUGCCGAGAGUAUGUGAUAACUGCAGCAAGCAUUAUCAUCUGCCGAACCAUCCACCCAGUGAGAAACCGAUGUCACAAAAAAUUGCCACCCUUAUCCUACAAUAAUAAAUUCCUCUUGUGACUACUCUGAAA